AUGUCGGCCACGGGGGAUGAAGACCCGGCCCCGGGAGGCCCAGAGGGCCCCGCGGGCGCAGCUGGGGCCCAGGCCGAGGCGGCCAGAGCCGGCGACCAGGGGCACCGCGACUCGGAGCCUCGCGGGGGCGAUGCGGCGCCGGGGGCCGGGGCAGCUGGAGUCGCGGGGGCCAGGGGAGGCUCUGGGGAGGCGGCCCUGGAAGGCGGGGGCGCCGAGGAGGACUCGGACAUCGGACCGCGCCACGGCUUGGCCUGGCUCCCCCAACUCCGGGCGCCCGACGGGCAGGGGCAGGGGCAGGGGCCUGCGGCCCAGGAACCCGAGGAGGCGGAGGAGGCUGCGGCGCCGGAGCCUGAGGAGGCGGAGGAGGCCAUCGCCCCUGAGGGAACAACUAAAUAUCCGGAUGAGAACGCCAAUGAAGAGGCCCAAGGUGCUGAAAGUGAGGGGGAAAGAGAGAAGUUUAACAAAAAACAAGAACCUGAAAAGGAUCUGAACCCAGCAGGACAGACCCAGAAAGUCCAGUUGGGAGGAAUGGAAAGAAAAUGAAGAAAGAAGAAAG